CCUUUGGAUUAUGAUAAUUUUGUACCAACUGACAAUGAUAUUAAUGAUUAUUCAAACAGCAUUGAUUAUGCGAAAGAGUUGAAUAAUAAUCCAGAAAACGAUGAAAUCAAUGAACUUAUUCGAAAUGAUAAAAUCAACAUAUGCAAUGGACUUCGACCUAAUUUAGAUAUUGUCAACAUACCCCAACUAUUAAAAAACUUAAUUAUCAAGUGUUGGGAUGGUAACCCUUUACUCCGCCCGAAAGCUGCUGAGUUACAAGAUUAUUUUAAAAUGUGGCAUAAUGAUUCGGAUCCAGUAUUUCACCAGCAAUAUCAACAAAUAAAAGCUACAAAAGAAUCAUCAACACAUGAUAACUUAAUUUACCAAACACAUCCGCAAGCCAUUUAUACCAGUCGACUGCUUGAUAUAGAUUCGAAAGAGGCUGAUUUAUAUAUUUCCGAAAAACUUGGUGAACAUGACAUUAAUAGUAGUGAAUAG